UGAGGAAGUAAAAUGGACAGGACUGGUCUGGGAAGCACCAUCGGUAACCACUGCAACUGGAGUGUCAAAGAGGGUCGACUCAUCCAAUGUGUCCGCCUGGAAUAGACACAGUAUCAAUAAACCAGAAAAACAUCACAGCUGAGUCUGGACAGAAGAACGUCACUCUGCCAUGUCGAGCUCCAAACAACAACACCAUUAUUAUUGUAGAGUGGAGCAGAGCUGGCCUGGGAGAUGAAUAUGUGCUUUUCUACCAGAAUGGGCACUUUCCCUCAGAUUACCAGCAUCCACCAUUUAAGAACCGGGUGGAUCUGCAGGACAGACAGAUGAAGGAUGGAGACGUGUCUUUGAUUCUGAAGAAUGUGACGAUUAAUGACACUGGAACAUACGAGUGUCGUGUCCAGAACGAGGUAGACAGUAUGACGCUCAUCAACAGCAUCUACCUGCAUGUUGUUGAUCCUCCAGGUCAGACAGGAGGACACACAGAGGAUGGAUCUGUUGUACUGAUCAUUGUUCUCUCAGUUUCUGGUGUACUGGUCUGGAAACUGGCUAGACUGGCUCAGUGAUCUUAAUGUUCUUCUUGUUUAGACACUUUUUUGUUGCCUUGGUACUAUGUUUUGGAUGGACCCAUCCACGACCCAGCUAUUGUGUUUUGGCUGAGGGAAGGUCGUUUUACAGUAUCCUGUCCACUAGCUCCUCAAUGGACAGUGAAGAUUUUUUUUUACUAACAAGCUCCUUAGCUCAGCUCCUUAGCUUAGCAAGCUCAGACCACGGCACUUUCUCAUGAUCCUUCCCUUAAUCAUUUAGAUAUUCGCUGGCAAAUGUAAGAUGUGCCUGUAUGUGUGACUUUAAGAGCAGAGGAGAAAUUGUGUUACCAAUGGUGUUCUACAAGGCUGGUCCACCACCUCAUGAUCAACUUUAACCCAUGAGGCAAGAUCUUGCAUGGAGCUUCAGACCAAAGGAGAUUGACGGUCAUUUCAUAUGUCUUAUAUUUCUGAAUAGUGGCACCAGCAGUUUUCACCUUGUCAUGAAGGCCAUAUGUAAGCCUUGUUCAGGUCUACAAUCUUGAUCCUGAUGUCCUUUGACAGCUCUUUGGUCUUGCCCAUGUAGGUUGAGAGGUUGGAGUGGAAGAAAUCGAUUGUGUGGGCAUCUGUACUUUAUACACAUAACAAGUUGAGAUCAGGAGUAUCUGUAAUCAACUGGCUGAUUGUAAUCUGGGAGCCAGAAUUCUGGAUAGGUUGUACUGAAAUACUUCUUAGGACAAGUCAAGGUUUUUAAAAUGUUAUAUCUCCAUCACCCAAAGUGAUGGCGUAUCUAAUGUUUGUUAGCUUUCUAGUGUCCACACUUUUCAAGAUAUGUUCAAAUUUUGAAUGAUGGUAGAAACCAGCUCAAGCUGAUUUAAUUUUGGUGAAAAUCGGGUCAAAGUCAAGCUGACCCCUUUUUUGAUGGAGUUCUCUGAGUUUUUGUAGAACAGAUAAAGGGGUUUCAAGAUAUUUUUUCUGUCAUCUUCACCAUUCAACCAGCAUUCAAAUGCUGUUACAAAGGAAUUUCCAAAAUAUAAGAGUAAAGUAUUUCUUAUAUCUUCUAAUAAGCUUUAGCCAAACAUACAUUGAUUAUUGUUCCUUUUCUGUCUAGGAAUUAUUAGGCAAACAGAAAAGCACUGUGAAAGAGUAAGAAAGAGACAAAAUUGUAGGCUGUGGGGGAUUAUAAUCGCUAGCCCACGCUCUUUACCAAAACAUAAUGUCCUAUUGUCCUAACAUUUCUUUUGCUUUUAAAACUCGACAGUCAGCUGCUACAUUUCAAACAAAUGAUUUUCAGGGCUGUUAAUUGAGAAAAGAUCUGACAUAUUUGUGUCAAAUAUAUAUAUAUAUAUAUAUAUAUAUAUAUAUGUCCAUGUAUUAAUAUGCAUUCAGUUUGUUUGUUGGUAGUCUCUCUCUGCUCUCCUUUUUUCUCUUAUCUUUCUGCUCACCCUGAAACCAAUAAAGGGCAGCUACUUUGAAGUAGAUGGCUGCCUUUUCAGCUCCCUGAAACUGGUUCGUUUGUUAAGGGGAAAUCUAAUUUAACUGAAUUUUGUACAAAGAAACACAAACAACAGACCCACUUCUUUGGCUUUUUUUCUGUGUCCGUAAAGCAAAAGAAUUGCAUCCAUCCAUUUGUAUUGAGUGAACACAGAGGUCUAAACAUAAUCUGAUCUACUGAUGACUGUGGCUGUUAAGUCAUUACUUUAAAAUAGUCUAGAAAUUAAGAUCAUUAUUGUCCUUUUUCAGUAGCUCCACUGUGACCACUUGUGAAUGACAGCUUAGCCAAAAAGAUAUUGUGUUAUUUUUAUGUUGUCCUAAAUUCAUCAUUUAUUCAUUUCAGAUUUGAUUUUCAAUAAAUUUUUAAAUGACUUUAAUGUGAAAUUGUUACUUUUUGUUCACCUCUUAUGAAGUUAAAAUUUACAAGUAUAACAAGUGGUUUUUCUUUUUAUUAGACUCAUGGCAACAGAGAAUCUCAGUUGUUUUACUUGUGCCCAAUAAUCUCAGAAGAGAUACAGAAGAAACAACAAGGUUUCAGAGGCAGAGCUGUUCUUUCCAGUGAUCAUUGUGGAGAACGCAAGAUAUUUGUAGGGCUGGACCAUUUUUUCUGCAUAAUCCAUCAUAUAAAAUGUAAUCAAAUGAAAAAGUCUCUUUUUAAAACUUGUUUUAUUAGUUUUAAUCUUUUAACUUUAUGAACAUGAUUUUUUUUUCCUCGUACGUUUUUUUUUUUUUUUUUUUUUGCCUUUUUGGCAAGUCUGCCUUUGUAUGGACCUGCUGUCUUUCGUUUUGUACAUAACUGUUUUUGGGGCAAAUAAAAUGCAUGCGCAAAAGUCACAUGGUCUGUCGAGCUCUAUUCACGAGCCGCACACUUCGGAGUACACGGCCUUUGCAGUCUACAUGGGCCGAGUACUCCGAAGAGGGAGAAGAGAGGAAGUGUGAGGC